UUUCCUCACACCCACUAUAGUCCCUCCCACUGCAGGGGGUGCAGCUCAGACUGAAAGGGAAGGGGGGAGCUGAAGAGUGCUCAGUCUGUCAGGAACUUAACACAGAAUCCAGAGCCAGACAUGUCUCUGCUCGGUCUCUUCCUCUCGCUCCUCCUCAGCAGCGCCUCAUCCAGUACCUUACCCCGACUCAAACUGAAUCUGACGGCUGAAAUUCAAGAUCGGUCCCCAUUUCGCUCGACUGAGGAAUAUACAACCACGCUCCGUGAGGGAAGCACUGUUUAUGUUGGAGGGAAAGAAGUUCUUUACCAGAUAGAUUUGGAAGAAGCUCCCAGCUCGAUAAAAACGAUUACAGUGCCUGUGGAUAAUAAAUCCAUGACAGAAUGCCAAAAGAAGAAUUUGGGGUACUGUCAGAAUGUUAUCAUGGUCCUGCAAAGAUUCAACAGAACCCAUCUUCUUCUGUGUGGGACCAAUGCCUGGAAUCCAAAAUGCUGGUCACUCAUUAACAACACAUUCAGUGAAAUCAUUAAUGGAGGAGGACAUCCGAUUGGACGAGGAGUGUGUCCUUUCAGUCCGAAACAUGGCUUCACCUCAUUGGUUGAAGGAGAAAAACUCUACUCAGCUGCCCCUUUAUUUGAGAAUGGAAAUGUGAACCUUCGAAGGUUUAAGGAACAGAGUCCAUCAUGGUUACUUUCUGUUGACAAGUGGCUGAGAGGUAAGUGUCAACUCAAUACUGAGCAGUGUCCAAAAUGGAAAGUGGAUGAGGCCAUUUCUCUGGCAUCCCUGAUGGAUGUCUAAAACUCCCCGUGUCUG